AACGUCACACGAGCGGCUUCCUGAAGCCGAACUCUUCUCGGUUUUCAGUCGAAUCUUCCUCCUCGUCCGCUGUGCUCCUCAUCACCUCCGGUGCUUCACUCAUUCAGCUUCGGGCUCCUCGCAUCGACAGCAGGAGGAGUCCGAGAGACGGCGGGCCGCGGCAGCAGGAGGCGGAGGAGGAGGAGGAGGAGGAGGAGGGCGCUGCAGGGCGGGGAGGUGGAGCUUCAGGUUUAUUGUCCACCGGUUUGAGUGACUGACUGUGUGGAGGUCUCCAAAGUUUGACCGGUCUGUCGUUUAGCCGCCUCAGCUGCACGUUUGAGCGCUGGCCAAAACCAGCGCCGAACCGGACUGAGCGGAGCACCGACGGGGACGCACGCAGGCGCACCGAGGAGUCCGGACUCCGAAAGUUUUUAAAGGGUCUCUGCAGCAGGAGAAACAAAGAGUAAAUUUCCUACUGUAGCCCCUCACACAGUGACUGACGGACGGACGGACUCCGCGGGGACGUGAUGGACUGAAACUGUCGGAUCUGCUUGUUUUUCCGCGUGUGCUGGGAGCCACACUAACAACACAUGAGGUGGCCCGACCGGACGCGCGCUUUCCAUACAGUAAAUCCUCGGGGAUUAAAAUAACGAGGGCGAUGGAUAAUUUCUUCACGGAGGGUGAGCGGGUGUGGUUGUGGGAGGAUGAGCAGUAUCUUCCCAGCACCGUGUCCUCGUGCUCCGGAGGUGUUGUUGUCUUUGCCACAGACUAUGGCCAGGUGUACACCUACAAGCAGAACGCGCUCACUCGGCAGAAGGUGCAGCCCAUGCACCCCAGCAGCAUCAGAGGGGUGGAGGACAUGGCCACCCUCGAGGACCUCCACGACGGCGCCAUCAUGCGCAACCUCUUCCUGCGCUACCAGCAGGGACACAUCUACACGUACAUUGGUUCCAUCCUGGCGGCGGUGAACCCUUACCAGCUGCUCUCCGGCCUGUAUGACCGUCCGGCCAUGGAGUUGUACAGCCGACACCACCUCGGCGAAAUCUCUCCGCACAUCUUCGCCAUCGCCAACGAGUGCUACCGCUCACUGUGGAAGAGGCUGCAAAACCAGUGUGUCCUGAUCAGUGGAGAGAGCGGCGCUGGGAAAACAGAAAGCACCAAGCUGAUCCUGAAGUUCCUGUCCUGCAUGAGCCAGCACUCCCUGGAGGUAUCGUCCAGAGACAGGACGUCGCGUGUGGAGGAGGCGCUCCUGGAGAGCAGUCCCAUCAUGGAGGCCUUUGGAAACGCUAAGACGGUCUACAACAACAACUCCAGCCGCUUUGGGAAGUUUGUCCAGCUGCAUUUCAGCCAGAAGGGCAACAUCCAGGGAGGCCGAAUAGUCGACUACCUCUUAGAAAAGAACCGAGUGGUCCGGCAGAACCCAGGAGAGAGGAACUACCACAUUUUCUACGCCCUGUUAGCAGGAACCAACAGCCAGCAGAGAGAGGCGUUCGGGUUGACCCACCCUGACAGCUACCACUACCUGAGACAGUCGGGUUCCCUCACUGACAAGACAAUCAACGACCACGACACUUUUCAGGAUGUUCUGCAUUCCAUGAGAACGAUGCAGUUCACGGAGGAGAACAUUGGGGAGAUCCUGCGCCUCCUGGCUGGGAUCCUCCACGCGGGGAACAUCGAGUUCAUGACGGCCGGAGGAGCACAAGUCUCCUCCAAAUCAGCUCUCAGCCGGACGUCUGACCUCCUGGGGCUUAACUCAGAUCAGCUGGCUGAGGUUCUGACCCAUCGGUCCAUGAUCCUCAGGGGAGAGGAGAUCUCCACGCCGCUCACUGUGGAACAGGCGGUGGACUCCAGAGACUCCAUGGCCAUGGCACUUUAUUCCCAGUGUUUCAACUGGAUCAUCUGCAAGCUCAACAACCGUAUCAGGGGCAAAGAAGACUUCAAGUCCAUCAGCAUCCUGGACAUCUUUGGAUUUGAGAACUUCGAGGUCAACCGUUUUGAGCAGUUCAACAUCAACUAUGCAAAUGAGAAGCUUCAGGAAUAUUUUAACAAGCACAUUUUCUCCCUGGAGCAACUUGAAUAUAACAAGGAAGGCCUCGUCUGGGUCGACAUCAACUGGAUGGACAACGGAGAGUGUCUGGAUCUGAUCGAGAAGAAACUGGGUCUCCUGGCACUGAUGAAUGAGGAGAGUCACUUCCCCAAAGCCACAGAUGACACCUUACUGGAGAAACUCCACAGCCAGCACUCAAAAAACCCUUUCUAUGUGAAACCACGUGUUGCUGUGCACUACUUUGGAGUCAAGCACUACGCAGGGGAGGUGGUGUACGACGUGAGGGGGAUGCUGGAGAAGAACAGGGACACUUUCAGAGACGACAUCCUGAACCUGCUGAGGGAGAGCAGGCUGGACUUUGUCUACGAUCUGUUUGAACACGUACUGAGCCGAAACAAACAGGACACUCUGAAGAUCAGCACCAAACACCGACGACCCACCGUCAGCUCGCAGUUUAAGGAUUCUUUGCACUCUCUGAUGGCCACACUCAGCACUUCUGACCCGUACUUCAUUCGAUGCAUCAAACCAAAUACACACAAGAUGCCUGACCAGUUCGACCAGACGUUGGUUCUGAACCAGCUCAGAUAUUCCGGCAUGUUGGAGACAGUCAAGAUUCGCCGCUCCGGCUUCCCCGUCCGGAGACCUUUCCUCGACUUCUGCUCCAGGUACAAGGUGUUGAUGCGGGGCGUGAUGCAGCCAGAUGACCCCAGGGGGCGCUGCGUCCAACUGCUGCACGUCUACGACAGCAGCGGUGCAGAGUGGCAGCUGGGUAGGACCAAGGUGUUUCUCCGCGAGUCUCUGGAGCAUCGGCUGGAGAAGCAGAGGGAGAUGGAGGUGCUGAAGGCAGCCAUGAUCAUUCAGGCCCACGUCAUGGGCUACAUGGCCAGGAAGCAGUACAGGAAGCUGCUGCAGUGCAUCGUGGUCAUUCAGAAGAACUACCGGGCUUUCUACUGGAGGAGGAGGUUCCUGCUGCUUCGCUGGGCGGCGCUCACCUUCCAGAAACGCAUGCGAGGCCAGCUGGCUCGCCGGGCCUACAGCCAGCUGCUGGAGGAGAGGAGGAGGAGGAAAGAGGAGGAGGAGGAGGAGGAGCGCCGCCGGAGGAUGGAGGAGGAGAAGGAGAGGGAGAGACAGAAGCUGGAGGCUGAGAGACUCGCCAGAGAGGCUGAGGAGGCCAGAAGACGGGAAGAGCUUCAUCGCUCUGAGGAGUCAGUUCCUCAGCCUGCAGUAGCAGCUGGAACAUUAGCGGACGUGUUGGAGGAGCUGGAGUCCGCAGAGGACCAAGUCCGCCCUCACGAGGCGUCUCAGGUGGAGGAGAUCCUGCGACUGGAGCGGGAGAUCCAGGCGCUGCAGAGGCAGAAGGAACAGCAGGAGCUCUCUCUGACGGAGGCCUCCCUCAACCGCCUGCAGCUUCUGCGCGACCAGGAGCUCCGGCGUCUGGAGGACGAAGCCUGCAAGGCGGCGCAGCAGUUCCUGGACUCGCUGAACUUUGACGAGAUUGACGAGUGCGUGAGGAACAUUGAGAGCUCGCUGGGAGUCGAAGGGGAAGAGAAGGAGAAAGAGGGCAGAAGGAGGAGAGGCAACGACGAGGAAGAGGUCGAUGAAGGGUUCGGGGCUGAUGAUGAAGCCUUCAAAGACUCGCCAAACCCGAGUGAGCACGGCCACUCCGACGGUCAGCGAACGAGCGGGAUCAGAACGAGCGACGACUCGUCUGAAGAAGAUCCGUACGCCAACGAUGGCGUGAUCCCACCGCUGCCGCCAACAACCCUGCUUCACCAGCCGCUGCCAUUACCACCGGUGCCCCCCGCCUGCCACAGUGCCUCCUCCAGCGGCGACUCGGCCUACUGCCACCCCCAGGCUUCAUCUGAGGCUCAGUCUGAUGACCUUGUGGAGCUCAUACCGCCGGACGAGGAUUCGGACUACGACCAGGACGACUACGAUGAAGGUGCCAUCGUGUCCAGCGGCAGCGUGGCCUUCUCCAACCCUCGCAGCGGCCAGUGGUCUCCUGACUACCGCGGCUCUGUGGGCACCUACAACAGCUCAGGCGCUUACCGCUUCAGCUCGGAGGGGGCUCAGUCAUCGUUUGAGGACAGCGAGGACGACUUCGACAGGUUCGACACUGACGACGAGCUGUCGUAUCGGCGGGACUCCGUCUACAGCUGCGUCACACUGCCGUACUUCCACAGCUUCCUCUACAUCAAAGGCGGACUGAUGAACACGUGGAAGCGGCGCUGGUGUGUCCUCAAGGACGAGACCUUCCUGUGGUUUCGGGCCAAGCAGGAGGCUCUGAAGCAGGGCUGGCUGCACAAGAAGGGAGGGGGCUCGUCCACGCUGUCCCGCCGCAACUGGAAGCGCCGCUGGUUCGUGCUGCGGCAGAGCAAGCUCAUGUACUUUGAGAACGACGGCGAGGAGAAGAUGAAGGGGGUGCUGGACAUACACGCUGCCAGAGAAAUCAUCGAUAACACCGGAAAGGAGAACGGGAUCGACAUUGUGAUGCCAGAGAGGACCUACCACCUGAUCGCCGAGUCGGCCGAGGACGCCAGCCAAUGGUUCAGCGUGCUGAGUCAGGUCCACGGCUCCACAGAGCAGGAGAUCAGAGAGAUGCACGACGAGCAGGCCAACCCCCAGAAUGCUGUGGGAACGUUGGAUGUGGGCAUGAUCGAUUCUGUUUGUGCGUCUGAUAAUCCAGAGAGGCCGAACUCCUUUGUCAUGAUCACGGCGAACCGCGUGCUGCACUGCAACGCCGACACGCCCGAGGAGAUGCACCACUGGAUCACUCUGCUGCAGCGCUCCAAAGGCGACACCCGCGUCGAUGGACAGGAGUUCAUCAUCCGAGGCUGGCUGCACAAAGAGAUGAAGAACAGCAGCAAAGCCUCACUGAAGCUGAAGAAGCGCUGGUUCCUGCUUACCCACAAUUCCCUGGACUACUACAAGAGCUCAGAGCGUAACGCCCUGAAGCUGGGAACGCUGGUGCUGAACAGCCUCUGCUCAGUGGUUCAGCCGGACGAGAGGAUCUUCAAAGAGACCGGAUACUGGAACGUGAUCGUGUACGGCCGUAAACACUCGUACCGUCUCUACUGUAAGCUGCUGAACGAGGCCACGCGUUGGGCCAACUCCAUCCAGAACGUCAUCGACGGCAAAGCCCCCCUCGACACGCCGACCCAGCAGCUCAUCCAGGACAUCAAGGAGAACUGCCUGAACUCAGAGGUGGUGGAGCAGAUCUACAAGAGGAACCCCAUCCUCCGCUACAGCCACCACCCGCUGCACUCACCGCUGCUGCCGCUGCCCUACGGGGACAUCCACCUCAGCGUUCCAAGAAACAGAAGCUACACGACUCUGCAGGACGAAGCCCUGAAAGUGUUCAGCUCUCUGCAGCACCUGGAGGGCGUGGCCGACCCGGUGCCCAUCAUCCAGGGCAUCCUGCAGACCGGCCAGGAGCUGAAACCUCUGCGAGACGAGCUCUUCUGCCAGCUGAUCAAGCAGACGACGCGGCCGCCGCACCCCGGCAGCCCCGGGAACCUCUGCAGCUGGAAGAUCCUGGCCUGCAUGUCCUGCACCUUCGUCCCGACCAGGAGCAUCCUCAGAUACCUCAAGUUCCACCUCAAGAGGACGAGAGAGCUCUUCCCCGGCUCGGAGAUGGAUCGCUACGCCGCCUUCGCCCUCGACUCCCUGAAAAAGACUCGAGCCAGAGAGAACGUCCCGUCACAGGAGGAGAUCCGCUCCAUAGUGGCCCGGCAGGACAUGAGCACCACCGUUUACUGUCACGGAGGAGGAUCCUGCAAGAUCACCAUCAACUCUCACACAACAGCCGGAGAGGUGGUGGAGAAGCUGAUCCGCGGCCUGGCCAUGGAGGACAGCAGGAACAUGUUUGCUCUGUUUGAACACAACGACACCACAGAGAAAGCCAUCGAGAGCCGCACGGUGGUGGCCGACGUGCUCGCCAAGUUUGAAAAGCUUUCGGCCAGCGCAGAUGAACACAACACCGGCUGGAAGUUUUACUUCAAGCUGUACUGUUUCCUGGACACGGAUAACGUUCCCAAGGACAGUGUGGAGUUCGCCUUCAUGUUUGAACAGGCCCACGAAGCCGUCAUCCGUGGUCAGUAUCCGGCCCCUGAGGAGACUCUUCAGUUCCUGGCGGCGCUGAGACUUCAGUAUCUCCUGGGUGACCACAGCCCUCAGGCCAACUUGCCCGAAAUGUCCCAGGUGUUCCCCAUGGCGCGAUUGCGGGCCCGGGUGCAUAACUCAGCCAAGGCGUUCGCACCAGGAACCGGCUCGGUGGCCGACCGCUCGGGGACGGCGGAGAGGAAACGCUCGAGCUUCCUGGAGGGAACGCUGAGGCGGAGCUUCCGGAGCGGCUCGCUGAGUCGGCAGAAGCUGGAGGAGGAGAACAGCCUGGAGGUGUGGAUGAGGGAGGAGGCGGCGGCGGUGAGAACCAGCGUGAUGGACAAGUGGAAGAAGCUGCAGGGGAUGACCCAGGAACAGGCCAUGGUCAAAUACAUGACCCUCGUGAAGGAGUGGCAGGGAUACGGAUCCACGCUGUUCAACGUCGAGAGCCGAGAUGGCGCGUUCCCGUCCGAGUUGUGGUUGGGCGUGAGCCGGGAGGCCAUAUCAGUGUACAAACGAGGGGAACCGUGGCCGCUGGAGGUUUUCCCGUACGAACAGAUUCUGUCCUUCGGAGCACCGCUGGCCAACGCAUACAAGAUCGCCGUGGAGGGCCGAGAGCUGCUCUUUGAAACACAAAUGGUCAUGGACAUCGCCAAGCUGAUGAAGGCCUACAUCAGCAUGAUCGUCAAGAAGCGCUACAGCAACUGUCAGUCCGUCAGCAGCCACGGCAGCCAGUGCAGCGCCUGGUGAACUCCGUCCUUUAACGUCUGAACUUAUGGCCACUCGUCGUGGUACCGCAGAGGGUGGAGUGUGGUCGUCAUCGCUCGCCACGCACGGACGCCCGCCCUCGGGACUGACUCUGAAUGCUGGAGACAAACCACAAUGCUCUUAAUGUUAACUAGCUCAUUAUUUUUUCACUGGUUUCCUUCCAAAACAUUAAACAUUGACACACAAUCAGUCACAAAAGAAACGGAAAGCUUUUCGAGCUGGAUGGACGUUCUGUUUUUAGUUGACACUUCAGGGUCGACAAAGGAAAGAGUUACCCCACUGUGAUCGAUUCUAUUUUUACUGCUCGUAACUGUGAUGUAACCGCAACUCUUUUGACAUGCAGGACAGCGAAAGUCUCCCAGAGGCUGUGAUUGAGAAAGUAAAGCUGAAAACACUGGAGAUCAUCAUGAUGAACAGGUUCCAGGGAUUAGAAAGUCAAUGGAUGAUCCUCAGAAGAAUGCAAGUCAGCAUGCAUUUAAAGUUUGUUGCUUCAGUCAUCUAACUUCUCCUACACAGAAGUUAUCAUAGACAAAAUUUGAUAAAUUGACUUCAGUAUUUUUAAUUCUUAAUUAAUUUGCCUCCUGAAGCCACGAAGAGCUCGAGAACCUUGAACCUAAGGUUUGAUGGCCAGGAUGUACAGACUUAACGAACUUUCUGACGAGAAUAAAGUUUAGUCUCAGAUAACAAUGUUGUGUUUAACAGCAAGAGUCCACUUUCAAAAUAAAAGUGGCCCAUUGCAUCGACAAAAACAAACGACAAGCCUUUCAAAAACAAACAAGCCUUUUAAUCGGCUCAUUUUCGGGUACAAAUCACAAAUCACACCUAGACUCCUAACAAAGCCAAAUACCAGAAUAAAAACAUGUAACUCGUAAUUCCACCGUUUCUCAGACCAAAGAAAACCAGAAGGAGGUUUAACACGACCUCAUGUCGUCAGCUCAGUCUCACAGUGUGGACGUGUCUUGUUUUGGAAUGAAACUGUUCAUUUCUUUCUGAUUCUGAAGUGCUGCAGUUGUUGCAGGAUGGAGUGAUUUGUUACUGAGGCUGUGUGUGUGUGUGUGUGUGUGUGUGUGUGUGAAUCUGAAUGUCCGAAUGUACAAAAGAAGAAGAAAGCAGAAGACACAGAAAAGAAACUAGUGAAAGCCUAGAAGCCUCGUCGUCUGCUUUGUAAAACUCUGGGACUUGACCUUCCAUACAGACUUUCUCCAGGAUGAACUGUAAAUAAUAUGCAACUGUACUCGUCUCAAGCAUUUCACCGUUUGUGAUUCAUUGUUUUCUGAUUGAUUUGCUGAUGAUACGGAGGUCAGACAAGUGCCUGUUCAAAGUAAAGCAGGACGGACUCAAAGUUGGACUUUGUCUUAUCGAUGCCACUCGGUCCUACGUAAGCAGAAUCUGGAAGGUGCUCCCACGUUCCCUUUAACUACCAAUGGACUCACACUCUUCAAGUCUGUCCAGCUGUGCCAGUCACUCAAGCUAAACGCGACUAUUUCAAUUCUAUUUUUCUAGUAACAAAUCUGUUAUCUUGUGUGUCUUGCUAACUCGCCGUGAUUGGUCACUGCUCUGUUUCCCAGCGUGGACACACGGCAACAGAAAAGCAGCAGUUUUACUGCAUUAGCCGAGGAGGACGUCAAUAAUGUUUUCAUCUCGUGUGGACAGAGAUCAAAAUGCUUUUGGUUCCAAUUUCCAGGGAACUAAUUUGUUGUGAUUUCAGCUUAUGUUUAUAGAGAUAUACAUAGUGGUUCUCGAUCAGCCACUAAAACGACUCGUUGCAGAGGCCUGAAGUCAUCUAUUCCCUGCCUGCUGGGACGUACCCCAGUUUUUGGUGCUCUUUAUAACAUUUGGACAAUUUGAUUUGGGAUGUUUCUCAGGCAGAAUGGUUAACAGAUAUGUAAACGUUGCUGUCUGCAUGUAAUUGUUUUUCUGCAGCUGCAAAGCACUUAAAAAAUGUUUUAAAAAAUCUGACCGUAAGCCUGACAGUUUCCGUUACCGUGGGCCACACUGGGCUGUAAAAUAUGACGUGAUUCUCUUUUGGGUAACGUAGACGGCGGUGACCGGAGCAUCACAAUGAGCUGUGGAUUUUUAGUUUGAGCGACUCGCUCAGCUGGACGGUUUGCAGUGAAACAUUCCUACAACAUUUCACUGGAGCUCCGCAGGCGGCAGAUCCAUCCAAAGACGCGUGUGCAGGUUUCUUCCACGGUGCCUUGUUGUAUAUUCUGUACACUUAUUUCGUUUUCCACGCGUGGUUCCUUUUUUGGUAUAAUGUGCAAUGUUAUUAUAUAAUCAUGUGGCUGUACAUUUUAUACUGUUAAAUCUUUGCCUUCUAUUUUUUUCUCCUGAAUGAUGACCACAUGGCGAUUUUCUCAAGAUAAAAAUCUUGCUGUAUUUUUCUCUACGCAUCCGACUGACUGGAUACUUAACACAAUACUGGAUUCUUGUUUUUUAUCUGUAUUAGCUGUGUUAUGUAUUGAAAGGAUGAUUCUAACAAUAAAUGGUUACAUAUUUGGUCUGAAGGUGCA